AUGUCAUCCCUCGUGCACGGACCACCGGAAUGGCAGAAUACCAUCAAAGAGAGAUUGAUGGCCAAGCAAGUGGAGAAUGAGUUGUAUAAGGAUAUCGUAGAUCAGUAUCGCAGGCUGGCCAAGACAGCGAGAGAGUUGAAAGUCCGUAAUAGGGCUUUGGCCAAAUCUGGUGGUGGACCAUCAUCAGCUGAGGGUUCAUCAGCCCUUCUGUCACACCUCGAUGCCCAACUUACCUCCCUCCGUUCCGAGCUUUCCACACUAUAUCGUACACAAGCAGCCUCGCAGAACAAACAGCUUUCCAUGGCUGACGCCUUACGAGAUAGGGAUGAAGAAGUUAAAGGAUUGAGAGACGAAUUGAGGGAAUUGAGGGAUCAGAGGGAUAAUGCAUAUAGGAAAGAUAGGGAUUGGGAAGAGCGUUGGAGAGUGAGGAAUAAAGAUAUGGAGACACUACACGAUGAACUUCUCUCACUCAACCUUGAACUUUCUUCACUCGCUCAACAAAAUAAACUCCUGAAAGUAGAUAACGCCAACUUACUUCAAAGGUGGAUAGAUAAAAUGAACCUUACUGCCGAAGAGAUGAAUAUCGAAUUUGAAAAAGAGCAAAACCAAAAUCAAAACCAAAACAAGGCUAUCAAGGAAGAUGAUGAUGAUGGUGACGAUGGCGAAGGAGAAGUACCUAUAAGCAUAUCAGUAUCAAGUUCGAUGGAUAAUCUUAAAGAAGAUAACACUCUGAUCGGAAACGAAAAGGACAAGGGAAAAACUAAAAGCAAAUCACCAACCAAAGUCAAUCCUUCAUCUUCUCAAACACUGAAAACUCCUGCUCUCAACAAACCCAAUUCUACCACUUCGAUCCGAACUAAACUUGCUGGCUCUACGCCUACACCCAGUACAAGUACGGGUAGAACUAGGAAUAUAUCUUCUGCUUCCGCUAUAAAUAUCAAGGAGAAGGAGAAAAAGGAUUUUCAAUAA